AUGAGCAGGUCCGGUGAGGAGGAGCCCUUGCCGCUCAUGGCGAUGGCGCCGGGUGUUGGCGCAUGUCACACACUCACAACACUCGCGAGCGGCGCAGGCGGCGCGGGUGGCGCGUUCUCAGUGCGCCGGGCGCCGCGACUGACGCGCUGGCCCCCACCGCACCACGAGCCCCCACCGCUACCGGCUGCCUCAUUUCUCACUAUAAUUUGCGUGCUGCUCGUUUUUUACCAUUAUUACUCCCUCGUUUUGUUUUACGUAUUAUCGAGUGCAUCCCGCUCGCACCGGCCGCCAUGCGCGCCCGGCGCCGCCCAGAUAAUAGCCGCGUGCAAUUACGUCGCAGCGCGGUGA